CAGAGGCAGAGCUAUAUCACCCAAAAAUUUCAAAUUAAACAGAACAAUUCUUGAUUUGAGCGCACGCAGCAGGAAUCCAUCAAUCAGUACUCAAGCAAAUCCACGCAGUGAUGGCGAAACGCUUUGGAUUUGGACUUUUAGUCUCAUGGUUCCGUAGAAGAGUUGUGGACCCUCUUCACCAAAUCCUUCUCCAGGGAGCCGAGCCCAAGCAGCUCGCAUUCUCCGCUGCGCUGGGAAGCACUUUAGGGCUCUUUCCCAUCUGUGGGGUUCCUGUGUUUUUAUGCGGGUUAGCUAUUGCGGUACUUGGAUCCCACUGUAAUGCGCCAACUGUAAUGCUCACUAACUUUAUUGUUACUCCUGUUGAGUUGAGUCUGAUGUUUCCAUUUCUACGAUUUGGUGAGUUCAUCACUGGGGGACCUCAUUUCGCUCUAACUUCUGAUGCUCUGAAGAAGGUGGUCUCCGGAAAAGCUUCAUGGGAGUUCUGCAGAGCAUUUUUCACGCGGUAUGGUACCAAGUUGACAUUUACAUUUACUUUCACAUUCUUAUUCAUUUCCAGCUGUCUAGUGUCUUUGAAAAAAUAGGGCAACUGUGUGAUUAAACUGAUGGUAUUGACAUAUGUGGCAGUUGCUGGGGUGGUCUGUUGC